GACUAGCGCACCGGCUGACAGUAUCACAGCCUCCUUUGGUCCAGCGCGAGUUCGGGCGAUCGAGUAUCGAGUACGAUGACAUUUUGAGUUCGCGACGAUUACAAAAGUUUUGUACUUUCAGUUCGACCAUGGGUGGGCUGAAGAGUGCCCCGAAACUUGGCGGGUUCGUCCCGUUUGUGAUUUGUUUUAUAAUUGUGGUGAAUUCGUGUCGAAUAUCUGCUGAAUCUGAGUUGAACUCCGAUCUGAUAUUCGACGGCUCAGAACAAUCAAACCACAACCACGGCCACCAUCCCAGGAUAGCCAGGGGUGGCUCAGCGCCUUAUUCCCAAAGCCUUUCCGACCAGCCGGAAGAGGAGGAACAUUGGCUGACCACCGCCGUGAACCGCCUGAAGAGGAGCAUCGGCGGCAUUUUCACCAGAAACGAGGUGCACCGCGUCAAAAACGUCCAGCAUGCGAAGAAAGGUGGAGGAGAUGUUGGAAGGACGCACAGGCAGACAGACGAAGACGAUGAGGUGGGGCAAGAGGAGGGCCAGGAGGAAGGACAGGAAGAAUAUGAGGAGUUGCGUAACGGAGGAACCAGUGAAAAUGGAAAACAGCCUACCGAUGAUGAAGACAACUUGGAUGACAACUCAGGUGACGGAGGCUCAGGAGAAGAACCAACGAACGAUCUAGGACAUCCUCAAGUGUACAGAUUCGCGUUCACGAUUAUGGAACCUUACCACGCUGACUUCAAUGACCGGAACAGCCCGAAAUUCCAAGAUUUGGCCAAUAGAAUCAAGAGAUCAGUGGAAGAUAUUUAUAAUAACGUACCUGGAGAUUACUACAUUGGGGUUAUCAGCUUACAGCCUAACUUCAGGCAGGACCCAGAUGCAUUCGAAGUUGUAGUGACAGUCGAUGUUACUGUUGAAGGAUUCUCGAAUGCUAAUGUUAUCAAGAAGGCCUUGUAUGAUCCGAUAACGACCUACCACAAACUUGGCGAAUUCACUAUCGCUGACCGAGAUGAUUUUCGAUUCACAGAAUUCGGUGCUACACCUCAUUUCUGCCAACAAAACCAGUGGCAAUGUAAGAGUCGACAAUGUAUCGAUGCUGCAAAAUAUUGCAACGGAGAUAGAGAUUGCAAUGACAAUUCGGACGAAGAAGACUGUCCUUAUGGCCCAGUCGAACCGGAACCCAGAACCACUACCACCACUACCACCCCCCCAACAACAACAACAACUACCCCCGUCCCGGAAACAACACAAGCGCCGACAACAACCCCGCCAACCACGACCACAACCACCCCACCACCAACCACGACCACCUGGGUGGGGGUAGAAACCGAAGGGCCUUCGACAGGGCCGGACCAGGGCCAGGGCGGGCCCGACGAAAACUUUGACGGGGGAAGCGGCGAUGAAGAAUGCAUCAGGGCGGACGACUACGCCGUAAGAUGCGCAGACGGCUCCAGGAAUAUAUGCGCGAUGCAGAAGUGUGAUGGGGUAGUGGAUUGCGACGAUGGCAGCGACGAGAACGAGUGUUCUGUAUGCCGUCCCGAUGAAUUCAGGUGUGACGUCAGCAGAUGCAUCCCUGCGAAUCAGCACUGUGAUGGAAUAAAACACUGUACAGAUGGUACUGAUGAGCAUAACUGUGUUACAGAAUGUAAGGAUACAGAAUUUAGAUGUGAUAGUGACAAAUGUUUAAUCCUCUCAAAGAAAUGCAAUGGUGUUCUUGACUGCCAGGAUGGUGCAGACGAACGUGACUGUCCAGAAAAUCAGAGAUGUUUGCAGAGCGAAUUCAGUUGUGGUGGCAACAUUUGUAUUCCCGGACAAUUUGUUUGUGAUGGCAGAAGAGAUUGUGAGAAUAAUGCUGACGAACUGAACUGUACUGUGACAGAAGCGUGUAGAAGGGACCAGUUCAGGUGCAGUGACGGAAAUUGUAUCCCAAUAUCCUCGAAGUGCAAUCGAAAUUACGACUGCCUAGACUUGAGUGACGAAAGAAAUUGUCCAUGUCUCCCGAACGAUUUCCAUUGCAAAAAUGGAUUCUGUAUACCCCGUUCCCAGAGAUGUGACGGUGUACGACACUGUCAAGACGGCUCUGAUGAAAAUGGCUGCUCAACACGUUGCGAACCGCACCAAUGGACCUGCUCAGACGGCACUUGUAUCGACCAAAUAUACAGGUGCAACUUGGUGAAAGAUUGUCCAGACAAUUCCGACGAGACAGGAUGCAAUCAUUGUCUGUCCGAUCAGUUUCGUUGCAAUGACGGCACUUGCUUGAGCUUGUCGAAAAGGUGCAACGGUGUGGCUGAAUGCAUGCACUCUGAGGACGAGGAGAGCUGUGCUAUAUGCAAGCAACACGAAUUCACUUGCUCAAAUGGAGAUUGUAUAAACGAGAGGCUCCGUUGUAAUAGCAUCAGAGACUGUUCCGAUGGUUCUGACGAGCAGAAAUGUGCUGACGACGAAAAAAUUGAAUGUAUCACGAAUACAUGGAGGUGUUUGGAUAACUUGAGGUGUGUGAAAAUAAGUAGUCUUUGCGACGGAAUCCGGAACUGUGAAGAUUCGAGCGACGAGGACCCAAAGAAUUGCAAGGAAUCUGUAUCGGCAGCUUAUAGGCCGACACCCGAAACAAUAACAAAAGGUCCACCCAGAUGUCCAGAGGGAGAAUUUGAAUGCAGAGAAGGUUACUGCAUUGUGGGUUACAAACGAUGUAAUGGGUAUAACGAUUGUCCUAGUGGUAGCGAUGAAGAAAAUUGCCCCACUGCAGCCACCACAGCCUUGCCCAUCACCACCGGACCUCCUGCAUGCAGGGACAACCAGAUAGAUUGUGGAAACCAGUGCAUAGAUUUAACAUUUCGCUGUGACGGUGUUGACGACUGCGCCGAUGGAAGAGAUGAAAACGAUUGUGGUACUUGCCCAGAAGAUCAAUUCCAAUGCAGCGACUCCACUUGUAUACCGAUGGAGAGGAGGUGCGACCACAUCUCGGACUGCUCAGACAACUCUGACGAAUUCGAUUGUCCUUCAACUCCCAGGUGCGCAGCGAACCAAUGGACUUGCAGAGAUGGCACUUGCAUCGACUCGUACCGAAAAUGUGACAGAAGACGGGAUUGCCCUGACGGAUCGGAUGAGGAAGACUGUCCUUCUUGUCCCAUUGGUCAGUUCCAAUGUUUAGAUGAUAAUAGAUGUAUAGACGAUAACUUGCGUUGUGACAGAAGAAAUGAUUGUUAUGAUGGCUCUGACGAAUACAAUUGCCCCACUGAAGCCCCUACUCUUCCACCAGAGACCAGUAGACCAAGAAUCUGCCCAGAAAAUUAUCAGCCCUGUCAAAAUAUGAACCAGUGCAUAAGAUACGAUCAGUUGUGUGAUGGCAAUGUGGAUUGUGGAGACUUCAGCGAUGAAAGCGGUUGCGCUAGUUCUUCGGAUGGUCUGCAGUUGAGAACUUACCCUACUGCUACUGAUGAAAAAGAACGACAAGAGGUAGUAUUGGUAUGCAGAGACGAAGGAUCAAUAAGGGCUCCAGUAUACUGGACUAGGCCAAAUGGUGAACCACUCCCAGUUGGCUCUACUGAUAAUUCCGGACGUCUCACCAUUCCGAGUAUUCUUAUGGAACAUGCUGGCAUAUACAUCUGUCAAGCUAGAGGAUACCCUCCAAACGCACCCGGAGCUCAAGUAUCUGUUCCAGUGAAAGUAUCCAGAAGGGAACCACGACCUACUCGACCUCCACCACCAGUGUGCCGUGUUGAUGAAGCAACUUGUUCCAACGGUGAAUGCAUCCCUAGAAACAGACUCCGUGAUGGACACAUCGACUGCUCUGAUGGCUCUGACGAGGAUGGUUUCUCACCUACUGGUAAAUGCGAACCCAAUGAGUUCCAAUGUGAUAACAAAAAAUGCAUCCUGAAAACGUGGAAGUGCGAUUCUGACGAUGACUGUGGGGACGGUUCUGAUGAAAAGAACUGCGGCACAAGUCCACCUGGAUCAAUAUGCAAGUACCACGAAUUCGCUUGUCAUUCCAAAAACCAGUGCAUUCCGAAAAGUUACCACUGCGACAUGCAGAAAGAUUGCGUCGAUGGUAGCGACGAAAUAGGCUGCUCUAAACCUGUGAUAUCCGAGCCUCCACCACCAGUAGUUCGACUCCAAGUCGGGGAAACAUUCGAGAUAACUUGUAGGGCUGUAGGAAUCCCAACUCCCGAGAUUGUCUGGCGUCUCAACUGGGGACACGUUCCCGCCAAAUGCCGAAUGACCAGUGUCAAUGGUUUCGGCACACUCGUUUGCGAAAAUAUCGAAGUCAGGGACCAAGGCGCCUACUCUUGCGAAUCCAUCAACAUCAGAGGCGCUACCUUCGCUGUUCCCGACACUAUAUUGACUGUAGAGACCGACGAUGUCUGCAGGCCUGGCUUCUUCAAUGUUCAAGCGAGAAGCGAAAGCGAGUGUAUCAAAUGUUUCUGUUUCGGUCAAACCAGCACCUGCAAAUCCGCCGAUCUCUUCAUAUUCCAGAUCAAUCCGCCUUUCGAUGCACUCAAACUUCUAGGCGUUCGGAUCGAUCCAUCGAAUGGAGUAGUGGAUAUUAGAGACGAGCCUAUCUACAGGGGAUCACAGCCGGUUCUGAGCCAAGUCGGACCGCAAGGAGUGCAAGCUGUCAUCGCGGAUUAUGGCGGGCAACUGAGUCAAUCGAAUGUGAUACCGUACUUUGCGAUGCCCGAGAACUACCAUGGGAAUCAACUGAAGAGUUAUGGAGGUGAUUUGAAAUACAACGUCAGGCAUUCCAACAGAGGAUAUCCGCUGCCCGGUCCAGGUGUCAUCAUUUCUGGCAACGGGUACAUUCUUCAGCAUCAAUCUUCUUAUCAACCUGCACCAAACACCAAUGAGAAUAUCAGGGUGAGGUUCUUUGAAGGCGAAUGGAUAAGGAAAUCGCCUGGGGCUCCAGAACGUAUCGCCACAAGGGAAGAGAUCAUGAUGGUCCUGGAAGAUGUCGAUAACAUUCUGAUCAAACUUCAGUACAACGAAGGUGCACUCAAUACUACAAUCACCAAUAUUGAGAUGGACUCUGCAGGAUAUCCAGAUAGUGGUCUCGGCUCUGCCAGCUACGUGGAGGAGUGUACCUGCCCUGCUGGAUAUACGGGAAGUUCUUGUGAGAGAUGCGAGGCAGGAUAUGCUCGUCAGAAGAAUGGUCCAUGGUUGGGACAAUGUUAUAGAGAACCGGUGUCAUGUCCACCUGGAAUGUACAAUGAUGGAAGAGAAUGCCAGAUUUGUCCAUGUCCGUCAACAGAUCCGAGCAAUCAAUUUGGCAGAACUUGCAGCCUUGGACCAGAUGGUGAUGUAGUAUGUAAUUGUCCUCCUGGAUACGUUGGCAAUCGCUGCCAACAAUGUGCGCCAGGUUACGUCGGUAAUCCACUGAUACCUGGUGACUCUUGUAGACCACAACCACGACCAGAACCAGAACCAUAUUGUGAUCCAGAAGGAUCUUUGGACGUUAGACAGGACCCUUACGGAAGAUGCAGAUGCAAGAACUUGGUUGAUGGUCCACAAUGUAACCAAUGCAAGGCUGAAACAUUCUACUUGAGUAGAAAAAACCAAUUUGGCUGCAUUGCUUGCUUCUGUAUGGGAGUUUCCAAACAGUGCUCAAGCUCAAACUGGUACAGAGACCAAGUGAAGAGUGUAUUUUUAUCGUCCAUGCAAGAUUUCAGAAUCGUUGAAAAUUUGAAUAGAGAGGAACUGAUCACUGAAGGGAUCAGGCUCAACCAACAGAAUCGUGAGAUUUCUUACAGCCAAUUCACAUCACCAAAUGCUUACUAUUGGGCUUUACCUUCAAGAUACUUGGGCAACAAGUUGACGUCUUAUGGAGGGUCUCUCAGUUACACAAUCAGACACACUCCCAGUCCUGGUGGCCAAAGUUCCAGGAAUAACGCUGCAGAUGUGGAACUAGUCAGCAGGAACAACAUCAACCUUCUGUUCUACAACCGCAACCAAUCUCAAAUUACGAACGCCCCACAAACAUUUGUCGUGCCUAUUAUGGAGCAAGUAUGGCAACGAACUGAUGGACAACAAGCUGAUAGAGAACAUCUCCUCAUGGUUCUAGCAGACCUGGAAGCAAUCUACAUUAAAGCAACAUAUUUCACAAAUACCAAAGAAUCAUCUCUCAUCUCCGUUUCGCUCGACAUCGCCAACGAACGCAACACCGGAUCCCUCGAAAGAGCCCUGGAAGUGGAACAAUGCCACUGCCCCACCAACUACACCGGCCUGUCUUGUGAGGACUGCGACGUCGGCUACACAAGGACCCCCAACGGCCUCUAUCUGGGCCUGUGCGAAAGGUGCGAGUGCAACGGCUACUCCGACGACUGUGAUCCCGAGAGCGGCGUCUGCGUCAACUGCAGGGGCGGCACCACGGGCGACUAUUGCGAUGAGUGCCAGCCCGGAUACGUGGGCGACCCGGCCAAUGGCGUGCCGUGCACGUACCGAGGUGGGCCGACGCCCGCGUGCCACUGCGAUCCGAGAGGCUCGUUAUCGUUCGAGUGCCGGGACGGCAGGUGUUCGUGCAAGGCCAACGUGGAGGGCGACAAUUGCGACCGGUGCCGUUCGGGCACUUUCGGACUGAAUUCGAGCUUCAUCGAGGGUUGCGAGGUAUGUUUCUGUUCUGGGAUCGCGUCGGAAUGUGGCGAGAGCAAUCUCUACAUCGAGCAGAUUCCCAUACAGAUUGUCGAGGAGCAACAUGGGUUCACGUUGACAGACCAAUAUCAUCGCACGCGGAUUUCUGACACUUUCAAGAUCAACAUGUUCAUGAACGAGAUCAGCUACAACUUCCGGCCAAGCGAGAGUGAAACACUCUACUGGUCCUUGCCGCACAUCUUCACCGGAAAUCAGAUCAAAUCGUAUGGCGGCAAGCUCGAAUACACUCAAAGAUACACCCAGAGGCCACAAGCUGCUUACGUACCGGACAAAGAUGUCAUCGUCACCGGCAACGGUAUCACCAUCUUCUGGACCAACCCAGAAAAGCAAAGAGAAGAAGUUGUGAAUCCUGUUUCCAUUCCAUUGCAUCCAAGUGCCAGGUGGUUCCGUUUAGACCAAAACCAACCGAAACCAGCUUCCAGAGAAGACAUCCUCACUGUCCUAGCCAAUGUCGAGACGAUAUUGAUAAGAGCCACCCAAUCUUCAGAUACCAGCACUGCCUAUUUAAGUGACAUAACCUUGGACACAGCUGUCGACUUAUUCACCGGUCAACCGAGAGCCACCAGCGUUGAAGUUUGCAGGUGUCCUCCAGGUUAUAGAGGUUCAUCCUGUGAGGCUUGUGAUUCCGGAUUUUACAAGGACUUGUAUUAUGAGGGUGCCAAACCUCUGGGAUCCUGUUCUAGGUGCCCGUGCAAUGAUAGGGAAGAAAGCUGUGAACUGGGAUCAGACCAACGAGUUGUCUGCCAUUGCAGACCCGACUAUUAUGGAAGAUCGUGCGAAUAUGGACCCGGAGUAACAACCACCGAAAUCCCUGAUCCGACCACUGUAACACCACCACCGACCACUAUUGAGGUAACCAUACAAGAUGCCAACAUUGGAAUCUAUGCAGUCGGUAGCACUGUAAGGUAUAACUGUUCUGCUAGAUCUCUUAUAGGACAAUCGCCGGACAUCAGCUGGAGGAAGGCAGAUGGAGAGUUGCCCUCAAGAGCUAUCGAUAAUGGAAGGGGAAUCCUGGUGAUUACAAACUUAAGAGUCUCUGAUUCAGGAAGAUAUAUUUGCGAGGCUAGCGACGGAUACUCUAUCCAGACAACCAGUGUUAAUCUCAAUGUCGGAGAACCUAAUAAUGAAGGACCAAGAAUUGCGCUAUCACGAUCUUACGUAGAUGUUAAUGAGGGCCAACCCAUAGAAGUCCAAUGUGCUGCCACUGGAGUGCCAACUCCUGAACUGAGUAUCGUGAGAUCCGAUGGCCAACGACUCAAUCCACUGGGCUUCACGAACGGAAGGUUCUACAUCCCGAGGGCUCGAGUAUCCGAUUCCGGCGAAUACCAGUGCAUCGCCACCAACCGAGUCUCCACGGACUCAGGUCGAUUUAUCGUCGAGGUGCGCGAAACCACCGUUGGUCCCAUCGUCCAAGUCAACAUCUCUCCCAUGAACUUCACUGGAACCACUGGCGAUACGGUCAUUCUGAGGUGCCAAGCCAGCACUUUCGCUCAAACCAUCAGAUGGUCGAGGCAAGGUGGAAGGUUGCCUUUCAAUUCGCGCGAAGACAGAGGCACCUUGAUGAUCUACAACGCCACUCCUGAUGACACGGGGGUGUACGUUUGCACCAUCACGUCUGCUACCGGUACUAGUGGCACCAACAGAGCCACGGUUUCUAUAAUGGGGAGCAACGAAGGAAAAUAUCCAACUGCAAGAGUCACACCAGACAGAUUAUCGCUCUCGCAAGGAGAAUCGACGGAAAUUCAGUGUAUCGCGAACGGAAUACCGCCACCAUCUGUUAAAUGGACCAGGCUGGGAGGAGAACUUGGCAGGAAUACAGAGCAAAUCGGUUCGGUACUACGCAUCAGGAAUGCUAGAGUAGAAGACAGAGGUGUAUAUGUCUGUGUAUCUACCAACAUCCACGGUAUUGAGCAAGCUUCCGUAGUUGUGGAGGUUACACGUUUGGAAGCACCAAGGUUGGAAAUCUACCCGGCAGAUAGUCAGACAGUUGUAGUCGGGAAUAGUGCGAUUCUGCAAUGUAGAGCAAUAGCUGGUAUUCCUUCUCCCAACAUCACUUGGAGCAGAGCCAACAACCAACCUUUGAGUCCGAAUAUCGAAGAAAUGUCAGGCGGCACCCUCCGAUUCAUGCAAAUAUCUCCUUACGAAGGAGGCGAAUACAUCUGUACGGCAAUCAACGAAGCAGGAACCGCGAGUGCUAGCGCUUACAUUGUAAUUCACACGCCUCCAGAUAUCCAAGUCAACCCGCCGCAAGAAGUGAUCACCAAGAGGAUAGGCGAUUCCUUGCGCCUGGAAUGUCAAGCGACAGGUGUUCCUCAGCCGUCAGUGGUAUGGACCAAGUAUGCACAACAAAUCAGUACCCACUACCUGCCAGAACCUGCUCGACUUGCUGGAUCCAACAUAGCUUAUCAAGAAUUCAGUCGUCUUAACAAAGAAGAUGAAGGCUAUUACAUUUGUACUGCUGAGAGUAGUGCAGGUGUUGUUGAAAAAAGGGUACAGCUGAUCAUAGAUUCUUUACCGACUAGAGGUGAUAUUACAGAGCCACCUUCAACAGGCGAAGAUGCGACAUCUUCUGGAAAACAGAGGCCAGGCUGGAAAGAUAACGAACCUCCACGACCUGAAGCCACCACCAGAAUCCCAGAAUACCCCUCGCACGAUCAGGAAUUCACCGCAGCCGUUGGAGGAAGGGCAGAAUUGAGAUGUCGCAUUGAAGAUGGAGAAGGUUCUAACAUUGAAGUGAGUUGGUCCCGAAACGACGGUUCCUCUCUACCUCCAGAUGCCUACGAGAGCAACGGCAUCCUAUACAUCGACAACGUCCAACCUUCAGCCGCUGGUGAAUACCGCUGCACUGGCAUUGACAAUUCAGGACGUCCAGUUUUCAAUUUGAACGCCUAUCUGACCGUGAUCUCGCCACCGAGAAUCACCCUCAUCCCGGCCAGACAAGUCGUCCAUCCCGGCGAGAACGCCUACAUCAACUGCAGCGCCACCGGCGAGCAACCGAUCGACGUUUCGUGGUCGCCGAUCGGUCGCAAUUUGCCUGUCUCGGUGUACAUUCGCGAAGGGUACAUCCGCUUCAACAACAUACAACUGCAAGAUGCCGGGAGAUAUUUGUGCACUGCAAGGAAUAGAGCGGGGACGGCCGAGGCCGUGGCGGAUGUCAUUGUGGAAGAAAAUUCCUCGAGGCCUGCUAUAGCAGCAGAACAGAAGAGACAGAUUGCCCCUAUUGGUUCGAGCGUCACUCUACGUUGCAAAGCCGGCAAUCCCGACGCUAGAAACUCCAUCACGUGGUUCAGGGAGAAUCUCCCACUACCACCGAACUCGCAAAUCAAUGGAGAGAUCUUGUACCUCAGACAAGUGCAACCGCAAGACCAGGGGAGGUAUUAUUGCGAAAUAUCCACCAGCGGCGGGAGGCACAGCGAUUACGUCGAUUUUCAAGUGUCGGCGGCACAACAGAAAAGCUGUCAACCGGGAUGGUGGCUGUGCAACAAUCGCAAUUGCAUCCCGCAGUCGCACCUUUGCGACCUCACUGACGAUUGCGGUGACGCCAGUGACGAGAUGGACUGUCAACCGAGGAUACGACGGGGACCAGCAAGCAACCCAACUACCAGGCCUUCCAACCUGCAACCCACUCUGUACAUAUCACCCGCUGAAUCCGAACAGUACGUCGGAAGCAACGUUGAUAUUACCUGUCAAUCUUCGGAACGUGGCGCCAUAACCGUCUGGUCCAAACUGUCGGGCUACCUGUCGGACAAUGUUCAAAAUGUCGGAGGAACUUUGAGAAUCGUCAAUUUGAAACCAGAAAAUGAUGGUGUCUAUAGGUGCGAGGCUACAGGACGACAAGGCGUUUACCACAAAGAUUACAACCUCAGAGUCAUAGGUGAACAAGUUAGAGAUGAACCACCAGUGGAAAUUAAAACAGCUCCAAGGGGAUCAACUGUCGUUUUAGAAUGCAAAACAGAUUUUGAACAACCUACAACUUAUUUAUGGAGCAAACAGGGCGGUCAGCUGCCCAGUUAUGUUGACCUCUACAGUAGGCAAAUCCAACUCAAUGACGUCGGUAGCACCGACGCAGGCACCUACACUUGUUCGGCCAGCAGCGGCCAGCGAAACAUCGACGUACCCAUCAUCCUCGUAGUCACCGGGAUAGUUCCCUAUUUCACCCAAGCACCCAACAGCUAUAUAACCAUCUACACCUUGGGCGAUUCCUACAUCCAAUUCAACUUCGAGAUCUCCUUCAAACCCGAAAACGGCAACGGCUUGCUUCUGUACAACGGACAAAAGGGCAACGACAUCUCCGGGGACUACAUUUCCUUGUCGCUGGUCAACUCCAUACCGGAGUUCAAAUACAAUCUAGGGUUCAGCACGACGACUGUCAAAGGUGAACGUCCCAUUGCUAAUGGAGAAUGGCACACCGUGAAGAUCACGAGGAACAGGAAGAAGGUGACCAUGUUUGUGGACGGCGAGGGACCUAUCGUCGGUCAAGCCGAAGGAAAAUACAUCGGCCUCGAUUUGACGGAACAUCUGUAUUUGGGCGGUGUUCCUAAUCCUAGAGGAAUUUCGCCAGAGGUGUUCGGAUAUUCACCAUAUGUCGGAUUUGUAGGAUGUAUCAGCAGAUUGAAAAUUGGUCAUACACACUUGGACAUUCUUCGCGAAUCUCUGAACAAAACCGGAGUAACAACUUGCGAAACAUGCAGUGAAAACAAAUGUGAGAAUAAAGGAGCCUGCCAAGAAGCUCUUUCAAAAGAAGGAUACACUUGCAUAUGUCCUGUAGGAUUCAGCGGACCCACUUGCAACAAGCUCAAGGGAGAAGCUUGUUCACCAUAUGCAUGUGGAGUAGGAAGGUGCAUCGACUCUGAAAACGGUUUCGACUGCCAGUGCCCCCUGGGCCGUUCGGGUCGCAGAUGCGAAAGGGAAAUCACAGUCAACGAGCCUGCCUUCCACGACGACGCCUACAUUGCAUACCCGACACCGAAAACGACCAGACGAUUGAAGAUAAACCUGAAAAUGAAACCGAACACCGUAGAAGACGGCGUUUUGUUGUACUGCAGUGAAACCGAGGAAGGACACGGAGACUUCAUAAGUUUGACGUUGCGCGAUAAACAUUUAGAAUUCAGAUUCGACGCUGGAAAUGGUGUCACCAUUAUCAGACAUGAAGAUGAAAUCAGACCAGGCCAAUGGCACAUUUUGUCUGCUAUCAGGACCUUGAGUGAUGGAAAGCUGAUAAUAGACGGAUCUGAACCGGCGGUUGGACGGUUGGCCGGCAAUUCCAAGACCCUCAACCUGCAGACCCCUCUGUACAUUGGAGGUUAUGACAAGUAUCAUGUCAGAAUCAAUGAUGGCGUUCAAGUGUACUCCGGAUUCAAUGGAUGCAUAUCUGAUAUCAACAUCUCCGGCAUAGACAUCAACAUCAUCCAAAACGUGACAGACUCCUCGAACGUCGAGGACUGCGCCGAUGCGGACGUCGACAACAACGUCUACCCCGACCGCGGGCCGCCCCACGGCAGACGGAUCAGCUGCUCGGACAAUCCGUGCAGCAACGGCGGGCAGUGCUACCCGCUGUCGCCCACCGAGUACCGGUGCUCCUGCCCGUCCGGAUUCACCGGCGCCAGUUGCGAGAGUGUCGCGGACGCGUGCGAGGGGCGGCCAUGUCGGAACGGCGGGGCGUGCAGGGCGGACGGUGCGGAGCGGUAUACUUGUGACUGCCCCAAGGGGUUCACCGGGCCCAGCUGUGAUCAAGCCUACGAAUUAGGCAGCGAUGCUCAUUUUGAUGGCAACGGUUACUUGGAGUUCGACAGAAACCUUCUUCCGCAUACUGUAGGAGAAGAAGAGGUAAUCGCUCUGGAAUUUUCAACAAAUACCUCGGAUGGGUUGAUCUUCUGGCACGGACAGAAACCGAAUGAAGAUGGACUUGGCAAGGAUUAUAUUUCUCUAGCAAUGGAGAACGGCUACCUGGAGUACAGCUUCGACCUGGGCGCCGGACCUGCCAUCAUCCGCCACCACCGCCGACUAGACGACGGCGACAGGCACAGCGUCAUCCUCAAACGCCUCGGGCGCCACGGCUCCAUCGACGUGGACCACGCGGGCGGCGAGGAGGGCGACGCGGAAUUGGGCAGCCGCGACGACGACGCCGAGAUGACGUGCGCAGGCGACGUGUACCUGGGCGGGGCGCCCGACGUCGCUAGGAUCACGGGCAGCCGGUUCUCCGGCGGGUUCGUGGGCUGCGUGCACGGGUUUGAGAUGCGCGACUCGCAGCGGUUGGACUUGGGCGGCCGGGCGGUCGGCGGAUGGAACGUCAAGCCUUGUUCGAGAUCCUCGGACUUGAACAACUUCAUAUCGAAUGAUGAUCUGAUCAAUUGAGAAUAUGAAAUUUAGUCAAAAACGAUUUCAGUCAAAUUUAAUUUUAUAAACACAUAAUUUCGCCCAUUCAAGUGUUCAAUUCAUUUGUGUUCAUUUUUUUCUAUUCGUUCAACGAAUUGAAUUUAUAAUUCCGAGAUUUGCUGUAUUUCAUCCUCUCUGCUUGUUCUGUUUACGUUAUGAGCUUUAAUUCGCUUGAAAUACAGCUUUGUAUUUUAAUUUGAACUACCUUUAAACUGCCAUUUCUUCUGGUCGUUUAGUUUUUUUAUAGUAUUUUUAUAAAAUAUUUUCAUAUGAUAGUAAUGAAAUUUCGUGCCAUUUAACUAAUAGAUUAAGCAAACUGUCAUUUUGAAUCAGAUCCAAGUUCAUUUAUGAUUUUUGGAAUAUUUAUAUAGCUUAAUUUCAAUGGUGCUACUGGUCGUACUUGUAAUAUGUUCUGAUAAUCCCAGUUUGUAAAAUAUUAGGUUCAGUUUUUUUUUUUUAAAGUGCAUCGGAUUAUGAUUUCCCCAUUUUACAAAAAUAUGUAUACAAUGUGAUUUCAAGAAACGAAACUAAAACGUAUCAGCAAUGGUGAUUAACAAUACAUUAUAAGUCUAGGCUAAAACAUAUUUUAUAAUUGCUUAUUGUUUCUCUCUAGAUUAACAUUGUCGAAAUAUCAAAAGCUGUUUCAAGGAAAAGUCUAAAUUUUCAAUGUUAUGAACAUCAGAAUUGACGAUACUCCAUAAAAGGCAUUCUAAUUUGAAACAUGUAUAUACGAAAUGCCUUAAAAUCUGAUUUUUGUAUUGAAAAUAUGUCAAAGUGCAUUUUCAAUAACUUAAGACAAUAAAUAUGAUAAAUGUAC